AGUAGCCAAGCUCACCAGCUAGAUUGGUGUUUUGCCAUGAGGAAAAUUUCGUUGCGGUGUGUCGAGCGGAGGAUUAAGGCCCUCCAUCAAAUCGGGUUUCCAGGCACGUGUUCGGCCAUCUCCAUUGUUUAUUUGAAUUUCGAGACAGGCUUUUUCGGUGUGCCCAGUCUCGAUGGGCAAGAACAAAGCAUCGAAUGAGUCCAUGGGUGCUCGAUUGAAUGGAGCGCCGUACAACAAGCUAAAGAAAGACCCCGGGGUGCCUAGGCUUCCUGCCAUAAAGGAUAAGAAGCACAGCCGUCUUGCUCACUUGUCAUCCCCAACCAGAGUCACUCCAUUAGCUGGGGCGACUAUACAGUCGCUGGCACAAACUACGGUUGCAGUUGACGAAGUUGACGAUACACAUGAGGCCGCUCAAUCACAGAUAGCGCGUGAUGCUACUGUGGCUGCGCAUGCUCAUCAAUUCAGGAAAGUCUUGGAGUUAUCAGAUGUCAUCAUACAGGUCUUGGAUGCCAGGGAUCCGAUGGGAUGCCGGAGUCGGAUAGUGGAGGACGAGGUCCGUAAAGCGCAAGGGGACAAGAUGCUGGUUCUUGCUCUCAACAAGACAGAUCUUGUGCCUAAAGAAAAUGUUCUUGCCUGGCUGCGCUACCUUCGUCACGACUACCCCACUGUCCCACUCAAAUCCACCCCUUCUGCAACCCGCCAGUCUCGUGCUCUCUCGGCUGCGAAGGGUCAGAACAAAGGCGGUGCCCCUCAUCUUCUCACUCUUCUCAAGUCCUACCGCCGAGCACACACAUCCUUAACCGUUGGUGUUGUUGGCGCCCCGAAUUCAGGGGAUGUAGUCACAGUGGGUGCAAAGCCUGGCCAGACUAAAGACAUCAAGGCAGUUGGGCUAGAGAAAGGUCUGAAGGUGCUCGAUAUGCCUGGGAUUGUAUGGGGGGACUUCCUUGGGGACGUGGAUGAGAAUGGACAACGAGCCGGGAGCCUGAAUAUGCUCGGUGUGGAGUUUCUGGAGGAUCCCAUCAUGGCGGUCGAGUCGAUAGUCCAAAGAGUGCCAGGCGAGACCCUUCAGCAGAUCUAUGACGUGCCUCAAUUCUCCGAUGCCACCCAGUUUCUAACGAUGAUUGCCCUUUUGCGUGGCAGGCUCGGAAAGGGUGGUGUACCCGAUCAAGAAACUGCUGCCCGUUCAGUCCUCAACGAUUGGAACUCGGGCGCCAUUCCGUAUCACACCGAACCACCCAAAUUCCAUCCAUCCUCCGUACCUUCCAUUCCAAGCGGUGAGGGGUCGUUGCCCCUUGCUCCAUCGUCUACCAAUGAAGACACCGCAAUGAUCGAUCAGGGUGCCAAGGAGCCCGAGGAAGCUUCCGAUAGUGUGAUGACCACUGCUGCGGACAUUGGCUCCGCUCAAUUUGUAUCCAAAUUCAGUAAACCUUUCGAUCUGGAGGGACUAUUCUCCCUCACGGAUAAAGCAGUACUGGAUGACCAGGAUGGAGAUGAGGAUGAGGGAAUGAAAAUAGACGACGCCACUGGGUUCAUCCCUGAUGAAGAGGCGACAGACAUCGCCACCACGACACAUGUCGAACCCGCACCAUUACGGGCAAAGAACUCGCUAAAAAGAGCGCACUCACCCACUCCUUCCGUGGCCUCGCUUAGUACAAUUCCUAUCUCGAAUGCUGGAUCCAUAUCGUCAAAGGAUACUCGGGGCGUUAAACAGCCAAAGCCAAAACGAGCCCGCUACAAUCCAAAUGCUCCUAUUGUAUUUGAUCUAGUGGGAACGGCAGCCAUGGUUUCAUCGACGAAGAAACGUCGUGUGGAAUUGAAAAUGCGACAGAAGGAGGCAUUGGAAAAAAAUAGCGCGGCUUUACCAUCUCUCGACAAUACCUUCAUUCUCAAAACUGGAACAUUUUUUGAUCCUUUAUCUAUACCACUUCCUGGUGAAGAUGAAGAUGAAGAUCUGUAAUGCAUACACGUAUCUUCUCUAUUUCAAAAGGAACACCCAUGUG